CCUUUUCUCCAUCCCUUCUCCUUAACUUCUCUCUCACUCCCCAUGCUCUCUCAUCUUCAUACUUCUUUCUCAUCUACGUUUUAUUUUUAUCAAAAAAGAUCACAUUUUACAAUUCUACACUUAAAACUUUUCGUUUUAACUCCAACCUAUUAACUUCUCUUAGCCAGCCUAACCAAAUAUAUAUAACUCAACUAGUAGAAAUAAAUAUUUAUCUUUUAUAGGUUAUUUUUUAGCUAUCCAAUUUGACAAACUCUUCUUUAUUCUUUAUCUUCUUUUACACUGUUGUUGAGUUUCUCCCUGUAGCAAAAUGAUGGAAGAAUGUGUAUAGGGAAACAUAUUUAAAUGUUGGUUGGAGAGAAUCUAUUUGUUCAAUUCACUUAAAUACCUAAUUAAAAAUUUUCACAUACAAACAAUAUUUAUUUUUUACAAAAAUGAAUUUUCAAAUUUUCACUUGCCUAAAAAUCAUGGCUCUUAUUAUGUUAGUGAUGAAAUUUUCAUGCAAACAGCUAUUUUUUUUAGAUAAAGAUAUGAUAGGAUGAAAUAACAAUUGGUACAUUGAAACAUCUCGACUAACUUGCUAUAAAUAGAGAAGGUUUCCAUCACAAAAAUUUUCAACCUAACCAUGAAGUUUUCUCCAUUAAUCCCUCUUUCCCUUGUCUUCGUUGUUGUAUGUUCAUCAUCUUCUUUAUGGAUAGCAGCUUCUUCUUCUAUAAAUCACGAGGAAUUCAUUCAAUGUCUUCUUCAUCAUUCUCCUGAUACUUACCUUAUUACCAAACUUGUUCACACUCCCAUCAACUCCUCCUUUUCCUCUCUCUUGAAUUUCCCCACUCGAAACUCCAGAUUCUCAACUCCCAACACCCCGAAACCACUCCUCAUCAUAACCCCGUCAAAUAUUUCCCACAUUCAAGCAGCCGUCGUUUGCUCCAAAUCUCAUGGCCUUCAAAUCCGAAUCCGAAGUGGCGGUCACGACUUCGAGGGCCUUUCUUAUGUCGCCUACCACCAAUUCAUCGUAGUCGAUCUUAUUAAUCUAAAGUCGGUCACGGUUGAUGUGGAACAAAGUACUGCAUGGGUUGAGUCCGGUGCAACUCUAGGAGAACUUUACUACAAAAUUGGAAAGAAAAGUCGAACCUUGGGUUUCCCGGCGGGUAUUUGUCCAACUGUUGGUGUUGGUGGGCACUUUAGUGGAGGUGGAUAUGGGUCGUUGUUAAGGAAAUACGGUGUUGCAGCCGAUAAUGUAAUAGACGCUUACUUGGUUGAUGCAAAUGGGGAGUUUCAUGAUAGAGAGUCGAUGGGGGAGGAUUUGUUUUGGGCCAUUAGAGGCGGCGGCGGAGGAAGCUUCGGAAUUGUGGUGGCGUGGAAGGUCAAGCUGGUUCCGGUUCCAGCGACUGUAACGAUUUGCUCAGCCAAGAGAAGUUUGGAGGAAGAUGCAAUUAAGCUAAUAGAUCAGUGGCAAUAUGUGGCGAACAAAUUGGAAGAAGAGCUAUUUCUUGCCAUCUUUUGGAAUGGUGGGAAAGUUUCAGCUCAAGAAGGAGGAAAAAUUAAUCCAAUAGCUUUGUUCUUCACUUUGUUUCUUGGAAAUGUAAAUGAACUUAUGGCAAUCCUAAACAAAACAUUUCCUGAAUUGGGUUUGACAAAAGAAGAAUGCAAAGAAAAGAGCUGGAUUGAAUCAGCAGCUUCUGCCGCCAAUAGGUUUCAAAUUGAAGAUCAACCCUUGGAAGCAUUGCUUAAUAGAACACCUAUAACCCAUGGAAGCUUCAAACUCAAAUCUGACUAUGUUAAGGAACCCAUGACUAAAGCUGCAAUUCAGGGCAUAUGGAAAAGAUUAGAAUCUCAAGAUAUAGAGGGAGUAACUCUUGCAGUUAUUCCAUAUGGAGGGAGGAUGAAUCAAAUUUCGGAGUCCAAAAUUCCUUUCCCGCAUAGAGCUGGAAUUCUAUACCAAAUUGGAUACAUUCUAGGGUGGGAAGAAAAAGGUGUGGAGGCAGAGAAACGACACUUGAAUUGGAUAAGGGAGAUUUAUAGUUACAUGACUCCUUUUGUUUCAAAAUCUCCAAGAGCGGCAUAUGUCAACUAUAGAGACCUUGAUAUUGGAUCAAACAACAAGUAUGGAAAGAUAAAUUACAAGCAAGCUUGUGUUUUUGGUUCAAAGUAUUUUGGCAAUAAUUUUAAUAGGUUGGUGAAAGUUAAGAGUGACGUGGAUCCUUACAAUUUCUUUUGGCACGAACAAAGCAUACCACUCUCUUCCGACCAUAUGGUUUAGGGUUUAGGGUUUAGGGUCUAUGCAUCGACUUUAAUAUAUGGUUCGAACAAUUUGGUAUUUAGUUUCAAGUUUAUUCCUAAACCUGUGCCCAACCUACUAUGGUGACAAAAUAAGGGAUUUGUUUGGAUUGCUUUUAACCAUAUAUAUAUAUAGAUAGAUAUAUAUUAUAUGUUAUUUACGUCUAUUUCUUCAUUUAAUUAAUCGUUUAGUACUUUUAAGGCAA